AUGGCUCCCGCAAGAGACGACGAGCUUGUUUCAUCGGCCACUGCUGGCCAGAACCCCGUCAACGUGAAAUCCAAAGGGAAUGAAGGUCGGUUGAUGCACCGUUCUUUGAUCCAACACCCGUCGAUGGUCGAAUCAGCCAGUGGAAUCUAUCUAAAUCUGACCAACGGCCAAAAGAUCAUUGAUGCUUGUGGCGGCGCUGCCGUUGCGUUGAUUGGACACGGCAACGAAGAAGUCAUCCAAGCCAUCACCGACCAGGCUCGGAAAGUUAGUUACGUCCAUACCCAGGCAUACACCACGGAGCCUGCUGAAGAACUAGCCAAUUUGAUCCUUGAUGGAAACCCUCACGGCCUGGAAAAAGCAUUCUUCGUCUGUAGUGGAAGCGAGGCUGUUGAGUCGGCGUUGAAGCUGGCUCGCCAAUACCACUUUGAAAAGGGGCAACCUCAGAGAUUGCACUUUAUUGGCAGACGACAAGCAUACCACGGCAACACUAUGGCGACAAUGUCAAUUUCCACUGUUGCCGCAAGAAAAGUCCCUUACGAAGGCUUCAGCUACCCCCACGUCUCUUACGUGUCUCCAGCAUAUGCCUACCAAUACCAACGCAGAGACGAAACCGAAGACGAGUAUACAGCUCGGCUCCUCGCAGAAAUCGAAGCGGAAUUUCAGCGCAUUGGGCCAGAAAAGGUCAUCGCCUUUACCGCAGAGACCAUGGUUGGUGCCACCGCAGGAUGCGUGGCGCCGCCUGUCGGCUAUCUCGCCGGCGUUCGACAAAUUUGCGACAAGCAUGGCGCUCUUCUUAUUCUCGACGAAGUCAUGUGUGGCACCGGGCGCACUGGAACCUUUUUUGCCUUUGAACAAGAAGGCGUUGUGCCCGACAUUGUCACAGUCGCAAAGGGAUUGGGAGGAGGAUACGGGCCCAUUGCGGGUGUUUUGAUGCACGAAAAGGUGGUCACUGUUUUGAGACAGGGCUCCAACGCAUUCAACCACGGACACACAUACCAGGCUCACCCUAUUGCCUGCGCCGCUGCUUUGGCCGUUCAACAGAUUGUGAAGCGUGACAAUCUUGUGGCUCGCUGCGCAAAUUUGGGUAAGCACCUCGAGGUUAUGCUGCGCAAUGAGUUGAUCAAUUGCCGAUCAGUUGGUGAUAUCAGAGGCAGGGGAUUGUUCUGGGGAGUAGAGUUUGUUAAAGAUCGAGACACCAAGGAGACUUUCAACCCCAAGACCCGUUUUGGACUUCGUGUCCAAGAACGAGCCUUCGAAAAGGGAGUGGCAGUGUAUCCUGGCGCUGGCACAGUGGAUGGCUCCAGAGGUGACCACGUGUUGCUUGCGCCUCCAUUCACCACCACAGAUGAGCAACUGAUGGAGAUUUGCAAAGUUUUCCGGGAAUCAGUUGAAGAAAUUGAGGCGGAAACGCUCUAA